UCUUCUCGUUCGCUUCAAAGAAUCGUCUCUUAGAGCCGACUCGUUCGCGACCGACACAUCACUACCGCACAUACACACACACUUAAAAUUAAACACAUUAAACCAUAUAAAGACUUUUUUUUUUUUUAUAAAACACAGACGUAUCGAUAUUGCAUUCGGUUCUUAAACGACUCCUAUGGUACAAAAAUAAUAAUAAAACGCGCCAUUAUCUAGAAGAGCACAUUUCGAAAGUGAAAUCAACAGAGGGACCAAAACAGAGAAAUCCGUGGUCUUUUUUUUUUUUUAAAUCUUCAAUAAAUUCAGGGUUAUAAUAAUCAGCACGAGCUGAGCUGAAGACAGUGUGGACAAAAUGAAGGAAACGUUGUUGUAUUCCAUCGUCGCGUUUCUCUGCUUGAGGUGCAUAAAGGCUUCAGAACCUUUUGUUGUAAACUGUUCUGAGACUGUAAUCAUGGGGAAAUAUGGAUUCUCUGUGGUUCUCCCAUGUUGGCUCACCCCUAAGACUGAUGCAGAAUCUUUGGAGAUUCGUUGGUACCGCCCCGACCAGUUCAGAAAUCCGAUAUUACUUUACCAAAACCAUAAAGUCGUUGCAGAUUUUCAAGAGAAUUACAAGAAUCGGAGUUCGUUGACCUUGAGCAGCCCUCAGUCUACUGGACUGAAACAGGGAGAUGUCUCCUUGAAGUUGGACAACCUUGCCUUGUCUGAUAUUGGGAUUUUUCACUGCUACGUGAGCGGAGACAAAUCAUACGAUAGCAAAACUGUGACGCUCAGUUUAACUGCUCUAGGCUCUCUGCCUCUCCUCUCUCUGGAGCACCAUCAGAACUCUGUGAACCUUAGCUGUACUUCCUCUGGAUGGUAUCCUCAACCGAGGCUCUUGUGGAAAUUUACCAAUAAAGGCGAUGUUCUUUCUGAGCUUCAAUCCCCCAUAUACACUAAACAAGAGAAUGGCCUGUUUUUCAUUUCUAGCUGGGUCCUCCUGUCGUCUUCUGUCUCUAACAGCAUCAGCUGUUCUGUCGCUUUGUCAGAAGAGAAUAGGGAAGUGAGUGUUGAUUUAGGGCCACGCCUGUCAGUUCAGAAUAGUGGAUUGUGGAAGAUUCUUUUCACUGUGGCAUUGUUAUCUGUAUUGGCUCUGAUCGGCAUUGGCCUCUUCCUCUACAAAAAAUACAAUGGAUACCAGCUGGUUAAAAGAGGUAACAUGCCAAAUGAAUGUCAGAUGUCAGAUGAACAACCACAACAUUCCAAGGACCAAAAACUGGUAAUUGGUCAACCUACAAUCAUGGAGGACUUAAGGAAAGCAAACGUGACCAUCAGGUUCGAUGAGGAGAAUUGUAACAAAGACUACCUAAGAUUUAACCCUCAAGGUGAUACAGUGAGAGAUUUUGGUGCUGCUGCUGAUGAGUAUAAAGGACGCGGUUUUCCUUAUGGUUUAUGUGUACGUGGAAGAGAGAGAUUCUGUUCCGGUCGUGUAUAUUGGGAAGUUAGAUUAAAACUAGCAAAUGUCCCACCCAAGAAGUCAUGGCUGAUUGGAGUCGCCAAAGCUUCGUAUACCUUAAGUGAUGAAAAGAGUUAUUUUACUCCUUCAAAUGGGUUUUGGUUUUUGUGCUUAGACCCAGAAAAUGGCCUCCAUGUUAACACUGAACCAGAAAUCUCACCUACGGAGAACACAACACUAGAAUCUGUUGGAGUUUUGCUUGAUUUUGACAAAAGAGAGCUUUCAUUUUACAACGCUACAGACGGCGUGCAUCUCCUUACAAUGAAAACCGAUUUCAAAGAGGAUGUUGUGCCUCUAUUUAAUCCAGGAAUAGGCGAUAAUGCUCCACUACAAAUAAUCAACCCACAGGUUAAAACUCAAAAUGAGGCUGAAGUGAAUGCUAGUGUUUAGACUGUAGCUAUGUAUCAGUGGUGGAAAUGUUUGUCAUUUAUGUGAACAUAUUUUGAAAACACUUCAGGUAUUGAUUUUUUAAGAUAGAUUACGAAGUUAGAAAAAAGCAUAUGAUAUAAUCAUGUAGUCAUUGUAUUUGCUGUAUGGUAUUUGUAGGGGAGACCAGGGACAGUUGUAACAGGGGACGGUUGUAACACCUUGAAUCAGAAACAACCUAGAGUGAUGACACUCACUGUGCACAUGCUCAAUUAGUUUCUACACAAUAAAUAAUUUUCUUGCAUUAUAA